AUGCCUCCUUUAAUUAAACCUCCUCAUUUUUUCCCUCAAUUUUUUAAAAUUAAAAAAAAUCUUUUUCAGCUAGAUCUAUCUUCAAAUAAAUUAACUAGUCUAAAUAUCAGAACUUUUGAAGGACUUGAUAAGCUUGAACGACUUUUAUUAUUUAAUAAUUCUAUUCAAAAUAUUCACGAAGAAGCAUUUCAAGAAUUGGGGAAUUCUUUGGAAUAUUUAAAUAUUAGUCACAAUUUAAUCACAAAACUUCCUGCAGCUAUUGGACGAUUAAGUAGAGUUGAGAUUGUUGAUUUGUCUUACAAUAAAAUAUCGUGGGUUUUUAUCUAA